AUGAACAAAUCAGACUACCGUCCACCCUGUCCUCCUGGUCUGCCCCGAAACUCGUACGCCCGUCCUCGGUACCGGAACCCGGCAGAAUGGCGAGUCUCUGACGACAGGCCCAUUUGCUUCUGCUGUGUAAUUGUCGGCCACACUUCCCGCCACUGCCGUGGUCUCUGGAACUGCAACCCUGGAAUGCACCAACAGCAGCGACCCCAACAACAGCUGCAACAGCACGCUGGCCAAUCAUCUGGCAAGCUGUCCAACGUUCUUCGCAAACUGGGGAGGUCACGGGCCAAGUCCCAGUCCAGGGUACCCACACUCAGCGUCUGCAGCUGGAGCCCCGAGGGCUGCUGCCGGUGGUGUUCCCGGACCGGAGGCCAACUUACUCUACGGCCGACGACGCUUGUGAUGCUCACCGAGACGGAAGCCAAGGGUUUGCGGCCACUUGCUGUAACUCGGCUCCAAAACAUCGGCUUCGGUUGCAAGGUAGACAUACCGAGAGAGGACUGUAUGAAGCCGUUGGUGAAGUUUCUGGGAUGGGCCACCCUACUUCGCAAAAAGGCCAUUACUACGAGAUUUGUCGAAAGUCACAAAGAAAGUGAAAUUUCAUGUGGAGAAGUGUUCGGCGUGGGACUGAAGCAGGUGGUGCUGAGUGACCGGCAGCGGUUUCCGGACUCGACGCUGGCCCAGCCGGCUCCCUGGUCGCCCUGGGACCUCGGCCCAGACGUGGCCGCGGCGGAUGCCCCGUCUCGACGCUCGGACAACGCCAGUGAAGGCUUAUUGUCCACACGCACCGACUGCUCCAAGAAAAUUUCCAGAACGGAUUCAGUGGAGUCUGUACGGCUCCCCAGCUCAACCACAAAUGCCGGCGGCGACGACGACGGCCUCACUGUUCACGGGCCCCAAGUUCCGCGCGUCGUCAACUGCUGCCUAAACUACCUCGAAAAGCAUGGUCUGAACACCGUGGGCAUAUUUAGAGUCAAUGGGUCAAAGCGACGAGUUCGCCAGUUGCGCGACGAGUUUGACAGCGGUCGCGAGGUGCACCUUGACCUGGAGAGGCCUCACCCACACGACGUGGCGCAGCUGCUUAAGGAAUUUUUGCGCGAGCUGCCUCAGCCACUCCUGACCUGUGACCUGUACCAGCCUUUCCUGUACACCCAGCGUGUUCAGGAAAAGGCCAAGCAGCUGGACAUCCUGCAGCAGUUGGUGCGCCUCCUGCCCACGCACAGCAGGGACACCCUGUGGGCCCUCCUCAAGUUUCUAAACAGCGUAGCCGAGAACUCGGUCGACAAGAAGUCUUCCACGGGACAGACCCUUCCAGGAAACAAGAUGGACACCCACAACCUGGCCACCAUGUUGGGGCCCAAUAUUUUGCGCCUCAGCAAUACUUCCGAGAAGGACAAAUUCAUCGUGGAGAACAACGAGAGGGCCGAGGAGCACGGGGAGGUCAUCCUUGUCGUGCGUCAGCUGAUCGACAACUACCAAGACCUCUUUAAGGUAUCGGCUGAAGACUUGGACCGUCUAUACAGAAGGCUUCUCGUCGAUAGCCCCGAGGACCUUGAAAUCCUCCUCAGGAGGCGCUUCCACUGUGCACCUGGAGUUCCACGCGCUGUUCAAAGAUCUGAAGAAGACGACGUGGGCAACCAAGUCAAUGCAGAGGACGACGAACAGGAGAACAGCACGGGGAAGGAGGAAAAGGCCUUCAAGAAAAGCAAGAUGUUGGCGUUUUCCGUACUUAGCUGCUUCGGCGGCUCAUCGGAGAAGCGGCACGACUCGGGCGACGCGUCUUGUCGGCCGCCCACAUCGUCAUACUGA